GCAGACGCUGCUGGCUGCGAGCGGGACCCGGGCGCGAGCACAGCGCAGCCGCGAGGGAGCCGCGGGGGAGGCGAGCCGGAGCCGGAGGAGCAGCGAGUGUCGGCGGAGAGCACCCGGGCGCAGCCGGAGCCGGAGCCGCAGCCGCGAUGGCCGUGGCCGUGGGGAGACCGUCUAAUGAAGAGCUUCGAAACUUGUCCCUUUCUGGCCAUGUUGGGUUUGACAGUCUCCCUGACCAGCUGGUCAACAAGUCUACUUCUCAAGGAUUCUGUUUCAACAUCCUAUGUGUUGGUGAGACAGGCAUUGGCAAAUCCACGUUAAUGGACACUUUAUUCAACACCAAAUUUGAAAGUGACCCAGCUACUCACAACGAACCAGGUGUCCGGUUAAAAGCCAGAAGUUAUGAGCUUCAGGAAAGCAACGUACGGCUGAAGUUAACCAUCGUUGACACCGUGGGAUUUGGAGACCAGAUAAAUAAAGAUGACAGCUAUAAGCCGAUAGUGGAAUAUAUUGAUGCCCAAUUUGAGGCCUACUUGCAAGAGGAACUGAAGAUCAAACGUUCUCUCUUCAACUACCACGACACCAGGAUCCACGCGUGCCUCUACUUCAUUGCCCCUACUGGACAUUCUCUGAAGUCCCUGGACCUGGUCACCAUGAAAAAGCUCGACAGUAAGGUGAACAUCAUUCCAAUAAUUGCAAAAGCUGACACCAUUGCCAAGAACGAAUUGCACAAAUUCAAGAGUAAGAUCAUGAGUGAACUAGUCAGCAAUGGAGUCCAGAUAUAUCAGUUCCCCACAGAUGAAGAAACGGUGGCAGAGAUUAAUGCAACCAUGAGUGUCCAUCUCCCCUUUGCAGUGGUUGGCAGCACUGAAGAGGUGAAGAUCGGCAACAAGAUGGCAAAGGCCAGGCAGUACCCGUGGGGUGUGGUGCAGGUUGAGAAUGAAAACCACUGUGAUUUUGUGAAACUUCGGGAGAUGCUGAUCCGAGUGAACAUGGAGGAUUUGCGGGAACAGACUCACAGCCGCCAUUAUGAGUUGUAUCGGCGCUGUAAGCUCGAGGAGAUGGGCUUCAAGGACACUGACCCUGACAGCAAGCCCUUCAGUCUUCAGGAGACAUACGAAGCAAAAAGGAACGAAUUUCUGGGAGAACUUCAGAAGAAAGAGGAAGAGAUGAGACAGAUGUUUGUUAUGAGAGUGAAGGAGAAAGAAGCUGAACUUAAAGAGGCAGAGAAAGAGCUCCACGAGAAGUUUGACCUCCUAAAGCGGACACACCAAGAAGAGAAGAAGAAAGUGGAAGACAAGAAGAAGGAGCUGGAGGAGGAGGUGAACAAUUUCCAGAAGAAGAAAGCAGCAGCUCAGUUACUGCAGUCCCAGGCCCAGCAGUCUGGGGCCCAGCAAACCAAGAAAGACAAGGAUAAGAAAAAUGCAAGCUUCACAUAAAGCCUGGCAAGCCAAGGAUGGUCCGCAUUCACCUGCUUUUGCAGUAAUAUUGUAUCUCUGCCAUAUGUGUCCUUUUGUUUUAUUUUUAUUUUUUUUUACCCUUCCCAGACACCAAUAACUAUUAACUCAUUUUGCUGAAUAUUGUUGGGUGGUGGGAAAUCCUAGAACAAGGGAAUAACAGCAAAAUCUCUGUGCAGCUGGACUUUGUUUCUGGAAAGGAAAUGAUUUGCCUUUCAUGCCUGUUGAGAGCGGCGGCAGGAAGCAUGCCUGUGACUUGUGUGUUGCUUUGGACGGAGGGAAGGAGGGUAAAUUGCCACAUGUACGCCUGACAGGAAACUCACCACCUCAGCAGCUCAACUGUAAACCUGAGUAGCCAGGCCAACAACUUGCUUUUCUCCAUCAUUCAUCUCUAUGACGGCAAAAGCUCUGAACUCACUCUCUCUCUUCCCCACACCAGCUCCAGACCAGGGUAGCUUUGUCCAUAGGCAGAAGCGGGGUAAGCUUUAUGUGGCUUCUAUGGAUUUUUCAUUCUUAUAUAUAACAUUAUUUGGCCUGGGUUGUAGGUCUGUUCAGACUGACUUUCUCCUCUCAUGGCUUUAAAAAUGUGUCUGAACCCUUGUCUCUCAAAUCCUGGCCAAGUGGGACUGUAAUAAGAACACUGUGAUUAUGUUCACUUUUAUCCGUGCGACAAGGAUGAUGGCCUUUCCACGACGUACUUACUACUUAUGAUAAGCAGUCUUUCAUAAGCACACCUAAAUUUGCUCUCUGUGGACUGAGGGGGAGGGCCCAAUGACUGCUUCUAUGAUAUUAGUACUUCUAAUAACAUUUUUCAAUAAUCAUGAGAAGAAAUUUUUCAGAAAUACUUCAACUAGAAAUUUUGUAAUAAACCGUGUAUCACCUGUAGCACAAAUUUGAGGGGACCUUGGCAAUUUAAGGUAGAAAUAGGAAGGAACAUAACACAAACCCGUGAGUCAAGAAAGGAGAAAUUCAGCUUCACGUUCAGCGUCCUUGCAUAAUCUCCUUUCCAUAUUUGGCAAGAAAGGGAAGAAGAAAUAGAACAGCUGGUUUUCCAAAUGCAGUUGUCUUGAAGGAAUUCCCCCACUUUUCCCUCACCACGACUGGCUCCACCUGCCUUCGUGUCCAAGGCCCAUCGCCCCCUCAACGAGGAUUAGCACUAACCCAUAUCCCAGGACACAGAUGCCAAUUUGUAGAGAAAAGAGCAUAUUUAAUCUCUUCUCUGUACUAUUUCUUUUUGAGCUUAUCCUUUCAUCAUCUUGAUUUUUUUCCCUCUACUAACAAGAUUCCCCCCGCCCCCCGACUUUCUCUCUAACUCUGUUGUCUCCUGUUUCUUAAAAGAAUACAUUUCUCUUGAACCCAGUACUUCCCCUUUUCAUUUUCCUUCUGGCCUUCACUAGUCUUACAUUAAUAGGACAGGAGACAGUGUACCUCCCUGGACGUACGCAUACACACACACACCCUUUUUUUUUUUAAUUAGUAAGUCUCUGGUUGAUUCCAAUAAAGAUUUUUGUUUUCCUUCUCUUAUUCCUCAACCAUAUUCUUAGGGGAAAGAAGCAAUGGUCUUCCGUGAACUGAUUUAGGCUUAAUGAGACAAAGUUAAGAAAUCACUUUCAUUGAAGCCCAUACUAAGCUGGGAUAGAAACUGCAAGCUAGAAGCAGUAGUAGUGGUAUAAAGACAGGUUUAGGAGCUACUGGACCAGUGAUUUUGUUUUUUUAGUGAUUGUAGUCUGAAGCUAGUUAUGGAGCAGCCAAGUACUAGAUGGCAUGCUGAUUCUAACCAUGGGCUGAAUUUGCUCAUACGCUGUGCACCAGACAAAAAGCUUGAAUACUUGUGUUGUCUGCUUGUUCCAACCAUUGCUUGUGUGAGCAUUUUUGUGCCUUGUAACAGAAAAUAUACUUGUAAAUUCUAAAAAUAUAUUGCUUUAAAAUUACCAUUUUUAAUGCAUCACUAAAGCCUUUUUAAAGUGAGCCUAGCCAUGGAAGGCAUUCAGCUGACUUUUUGAUUCCAAGAUUAUUGAUUGACUGAUUUUUUUUUUUCCUUCCCAUUAAAAAUUUUUCACAGCAAAAUAAAUCAUACGGAGAGUCAGGGAAUAAAGAGUCAAAAGAAACAUAUAGAAGCUUUUUUUUUUUAAUGCGUUGCUUCUGAACUUUUUUCUGCCCCUGGCCCUGUUUGGUUUGUUAUUGCUGCCCUUCUCUUCUUUCUGUAUCUGUGCCUUUUUUCACAGUAGUCCUUGGCUCUGCACGGAAUAAAUGAUACCCUCAAAUCUAAUUGGAUGUGCUUUCGCCUUUGCAUGUAAGUACGGUAGUAAGAAACCUUUGAGAUCUUUCUGACUUUUUAAGAUUAGGGAAGCAAAUGGGAUAGAUGGAUUUUUUUUUUUUUUUUUCCUUUUUUGGAGGGGGGUAGUAGGGAGGUAAUGAUUUGAGUAGUCUUUGUUUAAAAAAAUAACUAAACAUAUUUUAAUUGGCCACGUUUGUCUUUUUCACAAGAAACACAUAGAUUCAACUUCUCUUUGAUAUCAAUAUAGAAGUAAGAAAUUACUAAUCCCAGGCUUUCUACACAGCAUCGUGGGCAUCAUCGGAUAUUACAGAGGGUCCUUGGUUCUGACUUUGUAAAUAAAGCUAGAAUGAGAAACCUUCCACUGGAGAAAAUCAAGAGGAAAAUAUUUUUUAUGCUAGGCUGCCUUUAUGACUGCCUAAUUUUUUGGUGAUCUUGGUUUAACGGUCUCUCCCUUGUGCUAACUGCUGGCAGCGAUCACCUUUUUUUGCCAGACAGCUCUAGCUGGCCUCUCCCUACAUCUUUUGUUCAACCAUAAUGACCAUCUUUUUACUGCUUCUGGACUUUAGAUACCCAUAACAGUUGUAUAUGUGGUGAGAUGUGACGGAGAAACAUUUAUGAGAAUUUUUGGCAGUUCAGAGACUGUUUUCCCAGGUUAGGCUCUAUUAAUUGGUCAAGGUUUUGUCCAGAAAGGGCAUCUCAACCAGGGGAACAUUUAAAAUGACACUGGGCACAAGUUACUUAUUAUCUUCCCUCUCUGCUUUGUAAAUCUCACCAGCAAUAACACUUAGUCUUUCUAUCUUGUGCACCUCAAAGUAAUAGACUUGCUUUCCUCACCUUCUUGACAUAUCCCUAAGUGUUUCACAUACAAACUGUUGAAGUAGGUUUUUCAGCUAUUCAACCCAUGUCAUACUGUCUCUGUGUGGUCCUACCAAAACUGUCCAUUCAGAUCCCUUUGCUUUGCCAUUUGCAAGUGUCUGAAAUUGUCAAGUCUCAGCUUCCAGAAGUCUUGGUUCCAUUGACAGGAUACAUAUGUGAUGACUCCUUAGUAGAAAUUAUGACCUACAAUGUCUAGACUGUAUGUAGGUAUGAAGGGAAUUUUUUAAAUAAAUUGAAAACUAAGCUGUGAACAGCAUUAGAACUUUGUCUAUUUCUUAAUUUUAAAAUAUGCUGAUAUGCCUUAAACUGUAGUUGUAGAUCAUUGUCAUUUUGCUGUUUGAAAAUAACCAGUGUGUUUCUAAACUGUUAUGUAAUCUACUUUCAGUGUUAAUGCAGAAUUGUCAUAUAUGUAAGCUGCAUGUUAGACACUUGUCUUUUUUUAAAAACUAAAAUAAUUGUAUUGAUGUGAAGCAUAUCAUUUUUUCAAGUAUGAAAGUAAUCACUUAGCAAGAAACCUACUUGGUAAUUUGGUGUCUGUUAAGGUAGGAGAGUGGUGGACAGGUAAUCUAUGCAUAUAUCACUAGUGCCAAGACAUAAAUUGGGGGAAAAUAUAUUUUUACCCAAA